UAUACACAUAAAACUAUAAAAGUUCUCGUAAAAGUUGUAUAAUUGCACGAUUUUCCUUUUUGGCUUAAAGAGAUGCAUCGUUUAUUGAUCAAAAGUGCCAGGCAAGUGGUGACGGUAUGUAAAAACGGCGAAACAUUGCAGAAAGGGUCUGCAAUGAACAACAUCUGUAUAUUAAAUGGUCCUGUUAGUAUUGUAGUGAAUUCUGAUGGUAAUAUUGACUUUAUUGGUGAGGAUACUCUUGUUUCUCGGAGGUUUAAAGAAGGAGAGUUUGAAAGGAUUGUAGAUGCAACUGACUGUUGCAUUAUACCAGGCUUAGUAGAUGGCCAUACUCAUCCUGUAUUUGCUGGAGACAGAGUACAUGAGUUUUCUAUGAAGCUAGCUGGAGCAUCAUACAUGGAUGUUCAUAAGGCAGGAGGAGGAAUACACUUCACUGUUGACCAUGUACAUAAAGCAUCUGAAGAUGAACUCUUUUCAAAUCUGAAAGAAAUUUUACACAGAAUGUUGAGAGCAGGGACGACCUUACUUGAAGCUAAGAGUGGCUAUGGUCUUGAUACAGAAAAUGAAAUAAAAAUGUUAAAGGUUUUAGAGCGAGCAAAUAAAGAAGGACCCAUUGAAAUAUCCAGCACAUUCUGUGGUGCUCAUGCUGUCCCUCGUGGCCUAACAGCAUCAGAAGCAACCUCAGAUAUUAUAAACAAGCAACUACCAAAGCUGAAAUCUUUAAUUGACUCUGGGGAACUUCAUGUAGACAAUAUUGAUGUCUUUUGUGAAAAAGGUGUAUUUGAACUUGAAGACACCAAAAAAAUACUACAUGCUGGGAAAGACAUUGGACUUAAAAUUAAUUUUCAUGCUGAGGAAUUAAAUCAACUUAACUCUGUUGAGUUAGGAGUGUCUCUUGGGGCUGAAGCUAUUAGUCAUCUUGAAGAAAUAAGUGAAAAAGGAAUUGAAAUGAUGGCUGCCAGUUCAACUGUGGGUGUUGCUUUACCAACCACUGCAUAUAUAUUGAAACUUAAACCACCUCCUGUGAGAAAGAUGAUAGAGCAUGGAGCUGCGGUAGCACUUGGCUCAGACUUCAACCCAAAUGCAUUCUGUCUUUCAAUGCCACUAGUCAUGCAUCUGGCGUGUGUUACAUUUGGUAUGACAAUGAACGAAGCACUUGUUGCAAGCACGAUAAAUGCUGCAGCAUCGUUUGGACGAUCACAAUCUCAUGGUUCUCUGGAAGUUGGCAAAGUCGCUGAUAUGUUGAUUCUUGAUUGCCCAAGGUGGGAACAUUUAAUAUACCAGUUUGGUGGACAUGAUCACGUGAUAAAGCACGUCGUCAAAAAAGGAAAGGUCCUAUAUUCGCGUCAACAAUAAUAAAGAAAGGGAUUUCAUAUGAUGCAACGUAAGGAAGCAUGUCUCCAAAUGGCUGGCUUGUGUCACGGAUUAUUAAAUGAGCAGCAAGCAGACCACCUAGGACUCUAGGAAAGAAACCAGCUGAAAUCAAGAAUUGAACAAUACACAAAUGAUUUUUUAGUAGAAGAGGAUUUUUUAGUAGAAGAGCUAGCUGCAAGCUAUAUACAUAUAUCAUGGAUAAUAAAAUCACAUAAAGUCUUUUAAGUAUCCAUGCAUGUAUCAAGAUUUAUUAAUCUGUAUUACUUCAUUGUAUUUUGCAAAUAAAAUUGAUGUUCUUCUGAAAAAAGAGCAUCGAUUUCAGCCCCGUAAUAAUUACGAAUUUCACUAAUUUUGUGACGUUUUUUUCCAGAUUUGCCUAGUCGGCCUAUAUCAAAAUAUUUAAGACGUUUCAGGGCAGAUACUGCGCUUAAAUAAUUUUAAAUCUUUUUUUCCGCUUAGUCGAGCUUGGUGGCAAUCUCAACCGCAACUUGACUUCCAAAUUCGUGGAUGGUCAACGAGAUUUAUCUAAUGCUACUUUAUAGUAACCGUCAUCUUGUUUAAGUCAACGUUACGUUUUUCAAGUUAACAUGACUCAAAAUGUCCUGAAAUCCUUCUAUCCGAGCAUUUAAGGAAGGGUUUCUGACUGGCAGACUACCUCUACUUGUAUAUGGUUGGUUAGAUUAAGGUAGACUCCCCCACUUUUCCGCCAGGACCCCCACUUUUCUCAUAGACAAACAAUUAUUAUGUUAUUUAUGUAUUGGGUAAAGUUUUUGCGUUCGCGUUAAAUUCUGUAAAUUGGCAGAAAUUGCAUGAGUUGGGAGAUGUAAUUAAAAUAAGGAAUUCUGAUCUCCGCAAGUGGAAACAGUUGCUUUGUCACUAAUUAAUUAAGAUGGCAUAUAAAGUAGAAUUGUUACUAUUAGUUUGAAGUUCUUCCUUAUAUGAAAAAUUACCAUUCCCACCUAAUAGCUAGCUACAUCCCAAUAGGGUAUGUUCUCAUGCUAUCCUGCCCCCCCCCCCACUUUUAAACAGGCUCCACGAUCCCUGUAGUAACAAAAUGUAAAUAAAAUUUCAUGUUAUGAGAUGUUUUUAAUUGAUAAUAUUACAAGAGAGUAGAUCCAGUAUUCUCUGAGGUACACUUUGAACAUAUUCUGUACACUUUAUGAGGUCAACAGAUUGUGAAUGCCAGAGGUAAGAUGCAUAGGCAAGGUGUAGAUUGAUGGAUGAGUGAUGGAAAACUAUUUUGUGUUGCUAGUAAGCCUAGUAUUAAAUGCUCUGACUAAAAUGAUACAAGAAGAAAUAUCAUGGCUGCCACUCUACUUUAUUCAACUUAGGGCUGAAUUGCAUAGAUAUGUGAUAUUAUGUCACACAGUGAUAUAGCUGCAAGCACCACAGUACCUGUAUGUAGCUUGUACAGUCUGUACUUCAACCAUUACAAUACAGACUACAGUCUGUACUUCAACUUCAACCAUUACAGUACAGACUACAGUCUGUACUUCAACCAUUACAGUACAGACUACAGUGUGUACUUCAACCAUUACAGACGUACCGUUAAGUCAUUUAAGAAUUCAUGUUUCACCCAUAGAUAUAGCUAGGGACUAGUCCUUUUUACCCUUACCUUAUUGUAGCUUCAAAAACUUGA